AUGGUCAACUCGCCAAAAUUCGCUGAACCCAUUGACACUGUGAGUCUAUAUCGCUUCUUCUGGGCAUGUUGGCAUGCACUUGGCAUCUCAACAGAACACAAUAAAUACCUCUGUGGCUUCUACGAUUUGUUCCUGAAUAUAUUUGUGACAAUUUUUAACCCGGCACACCUAAUAGUGGGUCUCUUUCUAAAUCCUACACCUGCGGACCUGUUUAAAAAUCUGUCGAUUACCAUCACUUGCUUUGUCUGCAGCGUGAAACAUUAUUUGCUGCGGCGUAAAUUGCCACAAAUACGCGUUGUACAGUCGCUACUCGCCGAUUUGGAUAAGCGCGUAAUGGAUGCCGAUGAGCGGGAAUACUACCAUUGUGAACUCACUGUGGCUGCAAGGAAUAUAGUGAAAUUAUUUUCCAUCGCCUAUAGUGGCGCAAAUAUUGCAGCCAUUUCAGCUACGCUACUGAGCAAGGAACGUCGUCUUAUGUAUCCGGCGUGGUUGCCAUUCAAUUGGCAAGCUAACGCAUUCACUUACUACGUAGCUGUGAUGUACCAAAUUGCUGGUGUCUCAAUACAAAUCGUGCAGAAUUUGGCCAAUGACAUCUAUCCGCCAAUGAGCCUCUGCAUUAUAGCUGGACAUUUGCACCUGCUGGCGUUGCGUAUAGCCAAAGUGGGUGCAGACAAAAAGAAGACGUUGAGGCAGCAUAAUCAAGCAUUGAUCGAAUGCAUUGAAGAUCAUAAAAAGCUGGUGCGUAUUUUCAGCCUGACGCAGGACACACUUUCGCUGCCACAAUUGGCGCAAUUCAUUUCAAGCGGGUUGAAUAUGUGCAUAGUGCUGUUUUACUUGCUCUUUUAUGUGGACAACUUUUUUUCCUACAUUUACUAUGCAGUUUACUUUGUUAGUAUGGGCAUUGAGUUGCUGCCGAGUUGCUAUUAUGGCAGCAAGUUGAUUUAUGAGUUCCAGCAGCUGCCAUCUGUCAUCUUUCAAUGUAGCUGGCUGGGACAAUCGCGCGAGUUUUAUAUGAACCAGCGCAUCUUCAUGGAACUUUCGCUUAAGACAAUCAUCCCAAUGGCCGGUGGCGUUAUCGGUAUACAACUGAAUUCUUUUCUGGGCACAUGUAAGAUGGCUUACUCAUUGUAUACGGUGUGUAAUAGAAUGAAAUAG